CAAUCAAAAGUCGGUCCUCCUUUCUUUUUCGCUGACCCGUCAGCAAGUUCCGCCUGCACAGGAGAACCCGAGUUGGUCGUGUUUCGUCACCGGACCCGCCGGCAUCCGCCUCCAAGAGUCGAUUCCGCAUUCCGUCGCCUUCGUCGCGAGUGUCACUUCACACCUCGAAUAACCGGGUUUCGCCGUCGCGCUUUGUUUUCGUUGAUUCCGGGAUGGCCGCCUGUACGGAAGUGCUGAAGCGCGAGUUUCCCUCGAUCGACGGCGAGCUGCUGACGUACGUGGAGGAUGUGCUGCAGAGCGGUGCGGAUGAGUUCGAGAAUGGGGAGGAGGUUUACGAGGCCAUCGGCGCGAUUCUGCACGAAGUGUCCCAGGAGAAGAGCGAGGAGGACAUUAAAGAGAUCUGUGAUAUUUUCCUGGAUUUGUUGAAGCCACGGAGUAGGGGAGGGGAUACGGGGGGUGGGGGCGGUCGGAAGAUUUUGGGGGCGCCGAUUCAUUUGGGCGAGAUGGCCGCGUCGCAGGACGUCGUGCGGGAUGAUAUUCAGAGUAUUUGGGUGGUGCAGAGGGACGACAGCUUGAAGGUGGACUCGAAGAAGCUGGAGAAGGCCGAAGCGAAGAGGCAGCAAAAGCUGGAGAAGCGCGAACAAGUGGUCAAGGAUGGGAAGGCGGCUGCGGCGGGAGCGGCACCGGUUCUGCAGAUGGCCACGGCCUCGCAGGUGAUUAGUAAAAAGGACAACAAGAUGGAGGCGAAGGGCACGAACCGGUCGAUGGACAUCCGGAUCGAGAACUUUGACGUGUCGUUUGGGGACAAAAUGCUGCUGCAGAAUGCGGACUUGCUGCUGGCCACCGGUCGCCGGUACGGGUUCGUUGGACGGAACGGUCUCGGCAAGACUACGCUGCUGAAGAUGAUUUCCGGCAAGCAGUUGCAAAUUCCGAGUCACAUCACGAUUCUGCACGUCGAGCAGGAAGUCGUCGGUGACGACACGAUCGCCUUGGACAGCGUCCUGGAGGUUGACACCGUACGGACGGAGCUGCUCGCUCGGGAGAAGGAGCUCAACGCCCAAGUAAACGCCGGCUCGAACGACCCCGAGCUCAGCCACGAACUGUCCGAAGUCUACCAACAGCUGCAGCACAUCGAAGCGGACAAAGCCCCCGCCAAGGCGUCCAUCAUCCUGAACGGUCUCGGUUUCACCAAGGAAAUGCAAGCUCGCGCAACCCGGACCUUCUCCGGCGGUUGGCGAAUGCGUCUCGCCCUGGCCCGUGCCCUCUUCCAAAAGCCCGACCUCCUUCUACUCGACGAACCUACCAACAUGUUGGACAUCAAGGCCAUCAUCUGGCUCGAGAACUACCUUCAGUCCUGGCCGACGACCCUCCUCGUCGUGAGCCACGACCGCAACUUCCUCGACACGGUCCCAACCGACAUCCUCUAUCUGCACUCGCAGCGCAUCGAAGUCUACAAAGGAAACUACGAACAGUUCGACAAAACCCGAACCGAAAAGCACAAAGCCCAACGGCGCGAGUACGAAGCCCAGCUCGCCCAUCGAAACCACGUGCAAGAGUUCAUCGAUCGCUUCCGUUACAACGCCAACCGCGCCGCCAGCGUCCAAUCCAAGAUCAAAAUGCUGGAAAAACUCCCCGAGCUGAAACCCGUCGAGAAGGAGAUCGAAGUCACGAUCAAAUUCCCCGAGGUGGAACCCCUCAACCCCCCGGUCCUCCAACUCAACGAGGUCCAGUUCAAGUACUCCACCGAAAAGGUCAUCUUCACCAUGGUCAACCUGAGCGCCAACCUGGACUCGCGCAUCUGCAUCGUCGGCGAGAACGGUGCCGGUAAAACGACCCUCCUCAAAAUAGUGAUGGGCCUGCUCCAGCCAACCGGUGGCAUCGUCCACCCGCACCGCGGACUCCGUCUCGGCUAUUUCUCGCAGCACCACGUCGACCAGCUGGACAUGUCCGUCAACUGCGUGGAACUGAUGCAGAACGCCUACCCCGGGAAGCCAAUCGAAGAGUACCGGAGGCAGCUGGGAAGUUUUGGUGUUUCGGGGGAGCUGGCGAUGCAGGUGGUGGCGUCGCUGUCCGGAGGACAGAAGUCGCGCGUUGCGCUGGCCAAAAUGUGCAUGGGCAGGCCGAACUUCCUGGUGCUGGACGAACCGACGAAUCACUUGGACAUUGAGACGAUAGAGGCGCUCGGGAAGGCGAUCAACAAGUACAAUGGUGGCGUCAUCCUGGUCUCCCACGACGAGCGCCUCAUCCGGAUGAUCUGCAAGGAGCUGUGGGUGUGCGGCGGCGGCACCGUCCGCACCGUCGAGGGCGGCUUCGACGAGUACCGGAAGAUUGUGGAGCGCGAGCUGGAGGCCGCGGCGGCGUGAUUUUGCCACUGAACAACAACAACAAUACUACAACAUGUAUGAUUAUUACUUGCUUAUUCAGAGAUCAUUUUUGGCCCCGCCUUCAAGGACAACAAUUAUCGUGGACGUACUCUCACAACAUAUUAUUAACUAGGAGCGCAAGAAAAAAAAAACGGACGCAGGAACAAACAGUAAAAGCAAACAACAACAACCAUUCUUAUACAGUGUACACGAGAAAGGUAAUA